GCAGGCGUGGGGUCAGUAAGUAAUCCAACCCGCCAGGCCUUAUCGCAAGGCCACCAGGUGAACUCUUCUCACGACGAUCCUGCAGUGUUCCGGCUUUGUUUGAGUUCUUCUAACUGUCUCUUCCCGUGAGUUUCAUCCGCCAGUGUUUGCACACCGGUGUCCGGUUCUGUGUACGCUUCGCUCCGACUAUAGCUACCGUACGUACGCAGAGACGUCGCACAACAGUCUGGAUUUAUUUUCCUACCAAGGACGCUUCGUGAAGAAGAAAUUCUCCGAGCUCUCACGACACAGAAGUCGUCGCUGACUCGCGUUAUUCUACAAACUGUAGCGUCUUUUCAAGUGUCUGUGACCGUCUUGUGACGUUCUGCAGCUGUUUUGUGUACUGCCAGCAGGCCUUGAAAACGUUUGAUUCAGUUUCGUUCCGCUUGACGAACGCGUCCCCUGGACUGUGUUUAGGUCGCCCCUCCCCCUUCUCGGCGGAAGUACUAAAUCCACCAAGGAGUUGAAAGAUUCUUCAAGACGCCACACAAGACGUCUUCAAGAUGGUGAACCCAGGCUUCGCUCCUCGCGACAUCCCCUUAUUCUCGAUCCCCGACUAUGUCGUCUUCGCGAUCAUGUUGGCGAUAUGUACCGGGAUCGGGAUCUACUACGCUUGUGCGGGCGGAGGGCAGAGAACGACCCGCCAGUUCUUGCUAGCCGACCGGCAGAUGCAGAUCCUUCCCGUGGCCAUGUCUCUACUGGCGAGCUUCAUGUCAGCCAUAACUGUGUUAGGUACCCCAGCGGAGACCUAUGUCUACGGGACUAUGUACUUCAUGUUUUGUAUCUCCUACCUGAUCAUGGGUAUGGCGGCAGCGCAUAUCUACAUGCCCGUGUUCUUCAACCUGGGAGUCACCAGCGCUUACGAGUACCUUGAGCGACGGUUCUCCAAGGGAGUACGCCGGGUGGGAUCAGCAACAUUCAUUCUGCAGAUGGUGAUGUACAUGGGCAUUGUGCUGUACGCGCCUUCACUGGCACUGGAGGCAGUGACGGGCAUGAACGUGUGGGCGGCCGUCCUGUCUCUGGGUAUCAUCUGCACCUUCUAUACAACUAUCGGCGGUAUGAAAGCCGUGCUGUGGACCGACACGUUCCAGGUGUGUGUGAUGGUAGCGGGGUUUCUCGCCGUCAUUAUCCAGGGGUGCCACCAACUGGGCGGGAUCGCUGAGGUCUGGAAGGUCAACUACGAAGGAGGGCGGCUGGAAUUCUUCAAUUUUGACGUGGACCCCCGCGUGCGCCACUCCUCCUGGUCCGUGCACAUCGGCGGAACCUUCAUGUGGAUCGCCAUCUUCGGGGUGAACCAGGCUCAGGUCCAGCGCUACCUCACCGUGGACAAGCUCAGCAGGGCUCAGAUUGCCCUGUACCUGAACGUUGUUGGGCUGUGGCUGAUCGUGACCCUGGCUACCCUGUGCGGGCUGGUCCUGUACGCUUUCUACAAGGACUGUGAUCCCAUCGUGGCCGGGUAUAUCAGAACCUCUGACCAGCUGAUGCCCCUAAUAGUGAUGGAGAUCCUGAGUUGGUUACCAGGUCUGCCCGGGCUGUUCGUGUCGUGUGUGUUCGCCGGGGCUUUGAGCACGAUGUCUUCCGGCUUAAACUCCCUGUCCGCGGUGACACUCGAAGAUUUCGUCCGCUCCUACAAGAAGGAUCUGACAGAGGCCCAAUACACCAUGAUAUCUAAGAUUCUCGUGGCCAUCUACGGCGGGCUGAUGAUGCUGAUGGCUUACGUCUCUUCUUUCCUGGGAGGAAUCUUGCAGGCGGCGCUGAGUAUAUUCGGCAUGAUCGGCGGUCCUCUACUGGGACUCUUCACUCUGGGCAUCCUCUUCCCGUGGGCGAACGCCUGGGGAGCGUACGCGGGGACCGCCACCUCCUUCCUGCUCGUGUUCUGGGUUGGAAUCGGCGCACAGAUAUACAAACCUCCCGUCAACAAACCGCCCAUCUCCGUCGCCGGCUGCCCGCGGAUCAACGAGACCAUCAGCAAUGUUACCAUGUCGACCGUUACCAUGGUGACGGACAUGUUCACGACGACCGAGGCGGGUCCUGUGGUAGACGACAGACCGGAUAUCGCGAAGUACUGGUACUCCAUGUCGUACCUGUACUACAGCGUCAUCGCCGUGCUGACGGUGCUCAUCGUGGGACUCGUGGUCAGCUUCAUCACAGGUGCCCAGGACCCCGAGGAGCUCGAUCCCAGGCUGAUCACCCCGUUCUUCGACACGGUGUGCUGCUGCUUCCCCGAGCGCUGGCGCGCCAAGCUGCGGUGUGGGGUCCCGCAAGAGGACAGGGAACUGUGGAUGGAAAAGGACGCAGAGGAGUUCGAACAAGGUCAGGAACUUGUCGAGUUGAAACCAGUCGGUCGGGACUCACAGAAACAACUUCUCAGGCGCAAAACGCCAUGGGAUAACGAACCAGAGGAUUACUACUCAAAGAAAUACCAAGACGGGGGACCGCCGAGGGAUGAAGAGAUGAGAAACUUGAAAGGAGAAGAAGAUCACGAUGGCGACAAACCGCCGGCCAAUCCGAACGGGAAUGUCCCGGAUGAGAGGAGCAGCAAGAGCAGCGUGGACUUCGAGAGCUCCAUCUAAGGGCGAGACCAUUCGAAAAGGGGUUCCAUCUCAAAAGGGGUGUAAGAUUUAAAUUUUUUAAUGCAGAAGAAGUAGUGAUAAUGGGGGGGGGGGGGGUAUAAUAUGUUGUAAUCCCCUUCAACCUUUUGAGUGGAAUAGCCCGAACAAGAAAGCGGUUUUCUUACAAACUGUUUGUUGUGAGAGUACAAUGUCUUCUCCAAGUAAACUGUUGUGAGUUAGAAAGAAACGUUCAAUGUGUUGGGAGUCGUUUGUCCAAUGUCCGGUUUCUUUCCAACAGUUCGCUGUUUCGGAGAGAGACAGCCAACUUUCCUGGUACUUAAUUUGAGUUGUUUUCUUUUUUUUUUCCAGUGAACUUUCAGUCAUAAUUAUUUUUGCCAGCAUACUGAAAAUAAGGGCGAGUACAAUCAGUCAUUGGAACGGCUAAAGAAUACAUGCAUUAGCGACGUAAUUAAGUGGGGUUGUGAAAUGAAAAGGUCUUUGGCAAUGAAUUGAGGGUGUCAAUGAAAUGAGGGUGAAAAGAAAACGCGAUGACUUACCUCCCCGUGAACUUGAACCAAAUAGACAAAAAAUCUGUGGUAACAAAAUGUCCAAAGUGUUUUUUCUCGAUGCCAUGACAAGACAUUCCAAACAAGAAGUGCUUAUUUUUGUACAGAAAAUGUAUCUAUUAGAUUUUCUUGAUGAGGAUUUCUACACCUCAUUAUUUCAAAGGCAGAGAUUAUUCUUGUCAUAUUUCUAGUCAAUUUCGUUUCUUUUUAGGCAAUUUAUGUUUACAUUUUGGAUCAUUUCUGUUCGAUGAUUUUGUCAGAAGUGAGUUUUGGUGAUAAUGUAAUGCUUACUAAACAAUGAACAGAUGUCUUGGCUUAAUUGAUUGGCCAAAGCUUCUUUAUUAUUUUGAUUGGAUAAUAGGACUGACCUAUCAGGGCGUGUUUCAGCGAUCUAAUCUUUCAUUGGCUGUAACGAACUGCCAAUCGGAGUGAAUGCUAUGCUACUUGAUAUCACUUCGUAUGAACAAUAGAACGUGUAAUGCGAUUAAGUUUACUAAUGCAGAGCUUAAGUUUCAUCGAUGAUGCUAAUUAUUAAUGUCCUCAUUAUGCACAUAUAAUUCGCUGUGAUUUUAACGGUGUGUGUUUGACAUAAUCGGUCAUUUAUAUGUAAUAUUUCUUUGUAUGAACUUACAAACUAAGGAAUGUGUGACGUUAGUAGCGGAAACUCUAAUCAUGGCAUAUGCAAAUAAUCUUAGGUUUCGUCUGUAUCGAGUUAGGGUGCGGUUACAUAGGUCGUGCAAUCGUCGUACGAUCGCUAACUUCGGGCAUUUUGGAGGAUGGAAAUGUACGUGUCCUGCAAAGUUCGACUGUCUUGGUACACAAAAUGCUGUUUUGGAUCCAUGUCGUUCGUUUGUUCUGUCACGGCCUGCUUGAAAAUCUUAUGUAUCAAAAUCGUGCGACGAUCGCACGACCUAUGUGACCGCGCCCUCAGUUAACAUUUAUUUUCCACCGCUUUAAUUUCCGUUCUCUUUGUGGUUUGUGUAUGCAGACAAGGAAAUAAAGAUGGUUUUAUCUAUC